GUUGGUAUAGAGCAUCAAUAUUUGACAAGUAUGGAUAUUGUCGCUUUCAAUAAGUUGAGGUAUUUGGUUUCUGGAGAUUCCUUGGGUAAUAUUGCCGUUGUAAAUUUGUUAAACGAGGUAAUUGUAUGCCAAUUUAAUCUCAAUGAUCAGAUAAAUAUGAUAAAGCUGGUUAAGGAAGAACACCCCAAGCUUGCCAUUAUUGCAACUGUUCUGGGUGGACUUUAUUUAUUAAGUGAAUCAGAUAGUAAGAUUUUUGAAAGUUCUGGAAAGAAGAUAAUGAAAAAUCUUGAACAAUUUGGAACUUCCGUUACCCAUUGGAAGGUAUUAGACAAGGACAUCGAAGAAUUGGAUGAUGAAUUUGCACCGUUCGAUGAGAGGGUAUCGACAGAGUUUUUAGGAAAAUUAAGUUGUAUGGAGAAUAACCAGAAAGUAGAGACUUUUACAUCAACAUACAAACAAUCUUAUAGACAUAAGCAGUUAUUGCAAGACAUUCACCACCAAUGUCAUUCGCUAUAAUUAAAUAGUUGCGUUUAAUGCUGAC